CGCGGCCCGCCCCGCCCCAGCCGCAGCUCGGCGCGGCGCGGCGCGGCAUGGCGGGGCUGCGCUUCCCGCAGCACGGCGGCUACUGCCGCGCGGCCGCGGCCAUGAACCUCCUGCUCGGCGUCUUCCACGUCCUCCUGCCCUGCUUUCGGCCCGGGGAGGCGCAGGGACAAGCCAUCGAGCCCAUCCCCGGCGUGGUGGAGCUGUGGCAAGCCGAGGAGGGGGAGCUCCUGCUGCCCGCCCAGGCUGAUUCGGAGGAGGAUGUGGAAGAGCAUCCACAAGAGCAAAGCUUCUCAGCAAAAAUGCCUCCAAAUGGGAAGGCCUUACAUUUUCAUCCGUCAGUUCUGCAUUUUGGAAUGCAGUUACUGGGGUUACCCAGAGCUAAAAUGCUGCAUGCCUACAACCCUAGUAGAGAUAGAGAUGUUGUAGUCAAUUCAGUGUUUACAGCUACUAGACAGUUUCAUGUGUCUCCUGCUCAUAGCCGGGUGAUUCCAGCCAUGGGAAAGAUGUCUUUCAGAGUACUCUUCCUGCCCACAGAAGAAGGCAAUAUUGAAAGCUCAUUAUUUAUAAAUACCUCAUCUCAUGGAGUUCUUUCAUAUCAGGUUUUUGGAACAGGAAGUCUGAUGUCUUCUCCAGAAGAACCUAAAGUGCAGCUCUCAAAUGCCUACUUACUGCUUCCACACAUUCAGAACAUCCAGGCAUCACACACACUGACAGAAACUAUGAAUGCUAGUCUAUUACGGGUUCACCUUGAAUGCAGUUUACCUAAUGACACAUAUCAGCUAGUUAAGAGUUGCUGUUUUGUGUCCAAUGACCCAAUGCUGCUAGAAAUGAGCUUAACAGUAAGAGUGGAAAAUGCCCAGCAAGAUUUUGUGGAGCACAGACAAUACUUACUGGAGAAUCUUUUGAUAGUUUAUGUAGCAAUGGAAAGAACCAAGACCUCAGGUCAUUCAUCAGUAGAUGUGCAUAUCAUGCAUUCUGGAGACAGCCUGGUGCAUAUACAGGAAAUACGGCGGUUGUCACAAAAAGACACAUCAGCUGUGGAGUUUGAGCCAGUACUGCUAUCCUCAUCGUCCACUAACUUCACAAAAGUUGCUUCUAUUUCUUGUAAAGCUGCAUCCUGUGACACUGAAAAUCUUUAUUCUGACAACAACAAGAACUCUCUUUUGAAAGGCACUACAACACUCAAAGCCUGUCUUUUCUGUCCUGUGAUGGAAGGGUAUUUUGAUGUAGAUCCUUCUGCAGCACUGUUUCAUAUAGAACCACAUCAUAAUACUUCAGGAUAUUGGUCCAUAUGGUUUACAAACAAUUUUUACUUCAGCAUUGAAUUGAAUGAGGUCUUCAUAGCGAGAGAAACAAAGAACAUAGUAAAGAUUCUGAACUUCGCUGAACCUCUGACUCUACCUCCAGGCUGCUGGAAUGUUUUUUCUUUGAAGCUCAGUGUGAAAGACACUGUAACGAAUGUGCUCUCUAGUAUUUGUUUGUCCACAAACGUGGGAGUGAUGUUUGAAAUACCUCUGCAGAUAUAUUCAAUUGUAUCCAAGCAGGGAGAUCUUAAUUUUGAAGCAAUUGCCCACUGUGAUAUUCAGUGCUACUUGGGAAAGUCUGAUUCAGCAAAUCUGCUUUGGCAGAAGAGUCUCUCUCUGGACCGUUCUGCAUGGGAUGUGGAUUCUGAGCUUGCAAGUGACCUUUAUGAAAGAUGGCAGAAAAUAAGACGUGGGGAAGCAUGCAGCAGGAGAAGUAUUUUAGGAUCAGCUCGCUUUACUCAGCAGAAGAACUCUGAAGAGGAAUCCUUUGCCUUUUUCUUGCCACGGUUGACUACAGAGCCUGGCCUUACACUCAACUUCAAUGCCACAGCUGUUAAAAGUAGUAUGGUAAAAUAUUUCGUACUAAGAAACCCUUCAUCCUUCCCAGUUACGUUGCAGCUUCUGCCUCUUUCUUACUACCCUGAUCCCCAAGCUUCACUGAGUCUGCUGAACAAAUGGUUCGGCAUAAAUCUGCAAGCUAUUAAUUUCACAACCACUGAAUUCAGGCUAAUGGAUGAAUGUUCUCACGGGGAUGCACAUCAAGAGGACCUCAUCAGCAAGAAAUGCAGUUCUGAGAUGCUUUUUUUAAGUUUACAGCCACUGGAAACCAGAAAAGUUGGUGUAAUUUUUACACCUCUUGACUACAAAAAAGUAGCUUCCCUUAUUUUAAUCAGAAACAACUUAACUGUUCUGGAUGUGGUCAAUGUAGAAGGCUUUGGAGCCAAAGAAUUGCUUAAAGUAGGGGGAAGACUCCCUGGAGCAGGAGGAUCCCUUCGAUUUAAGGUGCCAGAAGCGACACUAAUGGACUGCAGACGACAACUGAAAGACAGCAAGCAAAUUCUAUCCAUUACGAAGAACUUCAAAGUAGAGAAUAUUGGGCCUCUUCCUAUAACAAUUUCAUCUAUGAAAAUCAAUGGUUACAGUUGCCAAGGAUAUGGAUUUGAAGUGUUAGACUGCCGGGAAUUUUCCCUAGCUCAAAACUCAUCACGAGAAAUCAGCAUUGUGUUCACUCCUGACUUCACAUCUUCGUGGGUAAUUCGUGAGCUCACACUGGUGACUGCAGCUGAUUUGGAGUUCCACUUCACGCUCAACGUGACUCUCCCUCACCAUCUGUUACCGCUGUGUGCGGAUGUGGUGCCAGGACCCAGCUGGGAAGAGUCUUUCUGGAGGCUCACUGUCCUCUUUGUUAGUUUGUCUCUGCUUGGAGUGAUUCUGAUAGCCUUCCAGCAAGCCCAGUAUAUUCUAGCAGAGUUCAUGAAAUCAAGACAGAGGCCAAAUCCUAGUGCUUCACCACAGCAGAACAGCAACUCUGUUGACGUAAUCAGCUCUGAUUCCUACAAGGGAAGCUGCAAGACAUUUAUGGAUUCCUAUAGUUCCUCAGAUAAAGGUAAAGGGAAGGGCUUCCUGUCUGUAGGCACUUCUUCCAGCCGAAGCCAGAGUGCGGCAAAGAGAAGUCCUGCGACCUACAGCCACUCUCAGAAGAAACACAAAUGUUCAGUUUACUACAGUAAGCAGAAACCAAACACAGCAGCUGGCAGUGCCAUUGCAGCUGCUGAUGAGAAACAGAAUCAGAUUGCAGAGAACCAAACCUCAGCACCAAAAGAGGACAUUUGCACUGAUGUUGUCAGUGAGAACUGGGUAACUCUGAAAUAUGCAAAUGGCAUAAACGUUAACAAGAAUUUAACUCUUCCAGAAGACUUUCUGGGUAAAGAAGAAAGUACACUGAAAAAUGCAGUUCUCAUUAAAAAUACUUCUUCAGAGUGUGAUCUGAAGGAAGAUCUUCAAACAUGUAUGUUUCCUAAGGAAACUAACCUUAAAACUUCAGAAAAUCUAGCUGAGCUCAAAGAACAGGAGUUCUGUUCUGUGAAGAUGUCCAAGAAGCUACCUGAAAGUCACUUGUCCAGAAAUUCACCUCAACAACAGCCGGAACUGCAAGAAAUAAGGAAAAUUAGUGGGAAUAGCCAGCAAGUGCCUCUCAGGAAUGAAACAGAAAACUGCGAGACUUCAAAAAAGCAGAUCAACCUAAAGCCUUCCACAGAGAAAAAGAUCAGUAAGGGACCCAAGGAAGAGACUCCAUGCUGUGCAAAAGAGGAGACUACUUCUUCUGAGCAAGAAGAUGCAUAUAGAAAGAAGAAGCCUCAGGAUAAAAAGGAAGGAAAUGUACCAAAUAUGAAUUGGAAUAGAAAUAGAACAUCUAGGAAAAAUAAGAAGAAGAAUGUAAAUAUAUCCACAAGGGUCCCUGAGCAGAGUGAGUUGAAGCAUAUGUGCAGUGAAUUUGAAAGGCCGGAUCUGAGAGCGAAUAUUGGAAUAAGAGCCUGGUGUCCUCAGAAUAACGGGGAAAAUUGUAAAGCAGACCAAAAAGCUGGGAGCUCAUCCAUACAGGGAGAAACAGAAAACUUUUAUCAGCGGUCCAAAAAGAAGUGUUUGGAGAAGUUUUGUUCUGAUUCAAGCUCAGAUUGUGGAAGUUCGUCAGGAAGCGUUCGUGCAAGUCGUGGGAGCUGGGGUAGCUGGAGCAGUACCAGCAGUUCAGAUGGAGAUAAAAAGCCAUUGAUUACCACCAGGCAUUUUCUCCCAUCCAGAGAGAAUAUUUCACAAAAUGAUUUUCCAUCUGAAACUCCUAUCACUCUAAAUCUGUCUCAUAACAUCUGCAAUACCAGCAGAGACAUGAACAGCAUCCCUCAAUAUCCCGAAACCUUAUGUCCCAAUUUCACUGACAUAGCUGCAGAUCCUGACAAAAAUAAAGGUCUUUACCCAACAGGAGACUUGUGGCCUGCCCAGCCAGUCUGCAUGACAAACAGUUUGAACUACAACCUUGAGAAUAAUAUACCAUGCAUGAUCCAGGAAACCCCCUCUGUCCACAACAGCUUCAUUGACUGGAAUGCAGCGUGUGAUAGCCAGUUUUCCAACAUGUAUUGUCCACUAGAGAUGAAUGAAUAUGGUGCUUUCCCAGAAGAAAACAUGAACUACCCCAGUGGCUUCCCAGGUACUGCAGCAAUGCAGAAUACAGCCUUCAUUGACCAGAACUGUCCCUCCACCUGGAAUGCUCCUCCCAACAUGCCACCUGCCUGGGAGCCUGCCAGUUAUGUCAACUCCACACCCUACCUCUCAAGCACCCGAAGCUUGUCUCCAAUGUCUGGACUUUUUGGUUCCAUCUGGGCACCCCAGAGUGAUGUUUAUGAAAGCUGCUGCCCUGUCAGUGCCACGACUCAACAUUCAACCCACGUGGAGAACCAGGCAGUUAUGUGUAAGCAGGAAUACUAUCCGAGGUUUAACCCUUUCCGUGCCUACAUGAACUUGGACAUAUGGACUACAGCAGCCAAUCGAAAUGCAAAUUUCCCACUUUCGAGGGACUCGGGUUAUUGUGGAAACGUGUGAAAGGAAUUUGAUUUAAAAAUGUGAAUAAAGAUGCUUGCAAUUUUGAUUACUAGAGUAAGCUGGUUGCUGAAUAGAUUACAAUGUUGGUGAAUAUUUUGGCACUUUUAUAUUGAAAAUAAAUUUUUUUUACUGAA